AGUAGUUGGUUGGGAGAAAAAGUCUAAUCUGGAUUCACAUACUUUCGGGAUUGAGUGGCGCCAACCCGAGGAGAAGACAAUUUCAAAACGAUCUCAAGUGUCCGCCAGAUGACAAAGGCAGUCCUUGACAGUAUCUUCUUGACCCACCGAGGGCAUAAGAUUUACGAGUUCGUCCUAAUACCGAGAAGAUGCAUUGAAAUAUAGAAGCUUUUCCAUGUUUCAAAGGGUUCUUUCAACCGGGCCCUAUAGCCACUAUUCUGCUCUCUUUUUUUAUGUACCAUGUUCCAUUUUCUGGAAUCUGUCAAGAAGACGUCCAAGAUUACUCGACAAGGCACCACGGGCUCAUCGUCUGGGGUUGCGGCUCCCGUCAUUGGACCCCUGGUCAAGAACCAUCUCGUCCAUGAUCGACGCUCCAAAUGGCCCCUCAUCGCUGGCUCCGCCAAAGAGAUAAAGAUCCUUCUGCUCGGCAGUGGCCAAUCGGGAAAGUCAACAUUCUUGAAACAAAUGAGGAUUUUGCAUGAUCACUCCUUCAAUACUGUGGCUGAGUGCAUCAGCUACCGUCCCACCAUCAACUCCAACUUGCUCGAGUCCGUGAAAACAAUUCUGCUCGUUAUGGAGGAACGACGAGUGGAACUGACCUCAGAGGAGACCCUGAAGCUCAAGAAGCAAUUCCUAGAGUUCUAUGCCAAAGAAUAUAUGCCUCAUUUGGUCUAUACUACGCAAAACAUUCCCAUGCAUUUGGGCGACAUCAUAGCCGGGAUCUGGCGAGAUGAACGGCUCCAAAAGUUUUACAACCGGACUUCGGACUUCCAAGUAGUGGAGAAUGCCAGAUACUUCAUGGAGAGCGCCAAGCGAAUAUGUUGCCUCCAUUACGUGCCCACAAAGCAGGAUAUCUUGCAAUCCCGGAGGCAAACCAUGGCGAUUGUGGAGAUGGCCUUCUGUGUAAAAGAUUGGGUGUUCCGAAUGAUUGAUGUGGGUGGGCAGCGUUCGCAAAGGAUGAAAUGGAUUUCCUUGUUCGAUAAUAUGGAUUGCAUCUUGUUCUUUGUGGCACUGAGCGGUUACAAUCUUCUUUUGGAGGAGGAUGGACAGACCAAUCGAAUGAAAGAAGCUUUGAGAGUGUUCUUCUAUCUCACCUCUUCACCAUUUCUUCACAACGUCCAAAUGAUGUUAUUCCUCAACAAAACGGAUCUGUUCAGAGAAAAGCUCAAGCGCUACCCACUGAAUAUUUGCUUCCAAGAUUAUUCCGGUCCCAACGAAUUUGGCCCCGCCAUCGAGUACGUGGCCUCUCGAUUUAAGGCCCAUUGUGUUAAAGAAGAGCUUUACACCCAUUACACCUGCUCUACGGACACCAUGCACAUUCAGUUUGUUUUUCGAGCCGUGUCAGAUAUUCUACUCAAGCAGAUGAUUGAACAUAUUGGAUUAAAUUGAAUUUGACUCAUUGUUUCUGAACUUGUUGACUUUGGUAUUCAUUCGGAGAAAGGGAAUGCGAGUUGAUAAAUAUGAAAUUGGGAAGCUUUUUGCUGUGGUAUGUUUUAUGACCAAAAAUGUGACGCUCAGUGGUCUAAUAUACCUGAUAGAGACACGACAUGGUUCCCAGAAGGCG